AUAGUCCACAUCACAUGCACCAUCAGAAAGUGAAAGUUAACAAGUAAAACAUACAUCAAAGUCGACAACAGAGGAAACAACGAUACUGACUGCACAAACUGAAGUAAUGGGAGGAUUCUUCUCUAAACCUGAAGUGGAGCCCCCUUCUCCACCAUUGCUUCAUAAAGAAUGGCGAGCUGUAGAAUGGAAUGCCAAAGAUAAAUAUCUACGGUCUGUGAAGUGUUUUGAGCCUUUACAGCCUCAUAAUGAUGAGAGGAAUAAAGCUGAGCAUAUUAGAAUUCUGCUUCAUGGACCGAUUGGUCACGGCAAGUCCACUUUUAUCAACUCUGUGGACACCAUCGUACGAGGCAGAAUAGCUGGACGAGCUUUGGCGGAUGCAGUUGGAGGGGAGACCUUCACCACAAAGUACAAAACAUACAAAAUUACAAAAGGAGUACGUGGAACCUUUUACCCAUUUGUCUUCAAUGACAUUAUGGGACUUGAGAAGGACAAAGGAGUUCGUGAGGAGGACAUCAAACAAGCCAUGAUGGGACAUGUCAAAGAUGGUUACGUGUUCAAUCCAUGCUCCACAUUAUCCACAGAUGAUAAAAACUACAACACAAACCCCAGUCUGAGUGACAAAGUACAUGUUCUGGUUUGUGUCAUCUCUGCCAAAGCUCUAUGGUUUAAGGAAUUACCGAUGGACAUGAAUAAGAUGAACCAGGAAGCUAGCUCUGCCUCUAAAGUACAUUCACUGGAAGAUAUUAUGAAGAAGAUGAGGAAAGUGAGGCUGGAAGCUAGUGAUAUGGGGAUUCCUCAAAUGGCUAUUCUCACCAACAUUGAUGAAGCCUGUCCUGAGGUCGAUGCAGACUUAAGAAACGUCUACAGAAGCAAGCAUGUGAAAAAACAGAUGGAGGUGCUGAGUAAAUCACUGGGUAUUCCACUGAACUGCAUCUUUCCUGUGAAGAACUACCACUCAGAAGUCACUCCAAAUGAUGACCUUGAAAUGCUGAUACUGAUGGCACUGAAACAGAUGCUCAACUUUGGAGAAGAUUUUGUGAAUGACUUGUAAAUGCACAUGAGACAAAUUUUGUUUAAUGUCAUCAUGAAAAUAAUCAUGAUUGAUUUUGAAGUUUAAGACAGUGGGAAACAUAGAUUUAUGUCUUACAUUAUACCUGAUACAGCAAAUAGAAGUGCUUUAGUUCAGCUCAUCAUGAAAAGAAAUCAUGUCAAAAAUUCAUAUUUAGUCACAUGCUGUGGGAAACAGAGAUUUAUAGCUUCAUUUACAGUUACGGCUUAUAUUAUACCUGAUAAAUCAAGCAGAAGUACGCUGGUUAAGUGCAGACCUUUAACUUCGAUAAAAGCUAACAUAAUAAAAAAGACUCUGUAACAAGUUUAAUUCAUAAUAUCACAUAUUGCAUCGUAAAUAGUUUCUUUAGGAUGUUACUUUGGGAUCGCCUCUUCUAGCGCAUAUUAAUGCCCGCUUGAAUGAUAAACUGCAAUGAACUUGUACUAAUUAAGAAAUAACAUAAAAAUACAACAUGACCAAAUGUGUG